UACAACUCUGAAACAUUGUACCUAAAUAGAAUUGGCUUGGUGGACAGUGCUGGACUUGGAGUCAGGAAGGCCUGGGUUCGAACCUUGCCUCUGACACUUCCUAGCUGUGUGACCAUGGGUUGCUCCACGAUGACUAUGGCAAGAUACAGGCCUACGUGGGACCUGGCACUCGAUCCCUUGGUGUCUUGUAAACUCUGUCUUGGGGAAUAUCCUUUGGAGCAGAUGACAACAAUAGCCCAGUGCCAAUGCAUCUUCUGUACCCUGUGCCUGAAACAGUAUGUUGAGCUAUUGAUCAAAGAAGGAUUAGAAACUGCAAUUAGCUGCCCAGAUGCAGCUUGUCCAAAACGAGGUCAUCUACAAGAGAAUGAGAUUGAAUGUAUGGUUGCAUCUGAAAUUAUGCAAAGAUAUAAAAAGCUGCAAUUUGAAAGAGAAGUGCUGUUGGAUCCCUGCCGGACAUGGUGCCCAUCUUCUACCUGCCAGGCUGUUUGCCAGCUUCAAGAUAUGGGGCCACAAACACCACAGUUGGUGCAAUGUAAAGCAUGCAACAUGGAAUUUUGUUCUUCUUGCAAAGCCAACUGGCAUCCUGGACAGAGCUGCCAAGAAACAAUGCCAGUCACCUUCCUCCCAGGAGAAACAAGUGUCUCCCACAGCUCAUCUUUCAAAAUAGACGAGGAAGAUGCCCCAAUCAAACGCUGCCCAAAGUGCCGAGUGUACAUUGAACGGGAUGAAGGCUGUGCCCAAAUGAUGUGCAAAAACUGUAAACACGCGUUCUGCUGGUACUGCCUUGAGUCCUUAGAUGAUGACUUUCUCUUAAUACAUUAUGAUAAAGGACCUUGUCGGAACAAGCUUGGCCACUCCAGAGCAUCUGUGAUCUGGCACAGAACACAGGUGGUGGGCAUUUUCGCUGGCUUCGGCCUUUUGCUGUUAGUGGCCUCCCCUUUCCUGUUACUGGCGACACCCUUUGUCCUCUGCUGCAAGUGCAAGUGUCAUAAAGGCGAUGAUGAUCCCCUGCCGACCUAGACCAACAGAAGACUGGACUCCUGCCUUUGGGGAAACGUGGUUCCCCCCUCCUCCCACGCCCUCCCCUGCCCUUGCACUCCCCACCGUUACACGUGCCCCAUCCUGCUUCCCAGCGACACACGGUGCCAUGAAUCUGGGGACUGAUGUCCAGGCAGUCGCAAAGGCUCACUUGCAGAGAUCCGGAAGGAAUAUGGAAGAUGAUUCGGACAUGGAGUGCCUGUUGUACAGAGGAGAAACAUGUCAGCAGGUUUUCAAAGGGAGUCACAGUAAAAAUGUGAUAACUCUGUACGGCCAGAAACUCUGGGGAGGGAAGCCAAACAUGGCAGAUCCAUAGCUUAGGAGACAAAGCUAAAUCCCUUUAUACCAAUCUCCAUCAAGAUGGGAUCCUCCUCUUUAGAGAAGGGAGAUGAGAAUCGCUUGUCACUUCCAACAAUCGGUGUGAGCAGAUUUUGGAGAAGAUCUCUGUUGAUUACACUCCAUUUUCUCGUAGGCAUCGCCAAAUCCUUUUCAGUGGGAGUUCUUUUUGUUUUGUUUUUCUGUUUUUCAUCUGGAUAGGAGAGAAAUUAACCAGCGGCCUAGAAUCCAUUUUAGGCCCUUUUGAAGGUAGAGGGGGGAAAGAGUAUCAUGUGAGAGGAGAGGAAAAUUGCCGUCUCAAAAUUUGUCUGGCUUUGUAGCAUUUUGAAACACUUAAAAAAAUCUCAUGUGUUUUGUCUUGUUCUAAUGUUGUUUGAAAAGCUGGGGAGUAGCAAGGGACAGAGAUCCACCUCAUGGAUGUUCUUUGUGAAAAUUACUGCCAUGUUUGAAAGAACAUCCCUGUUGUGGGUCUUUCCAAAUUUGUUUGAUUGUUUAAGGAUGCACUCCAGACAUAGGGCUCAUAAUUUCUUCUCCAGAUAUCAGGAUUCUUUAUAUGUCUCUAAACCAAAUGUGUAAAUAGUUCAAUUCAGAGUUGCUAGGGUUUAGAAAACUUGAAGCAGCUUGCUUCUGUAAUAUGAAAAAAGGAGAAAGAAUAGUGCAGUAUUACUGUCUCAUUAACUCUCUGCAGACUCACUCAUAUCCCAGGAGGUCUCUCUCUUUAAGAAAGCAAGAAAACUUCUCAUCUCUGUGAGACUAGAGGAGUUCCUGGAAUUUGUAUCUCACUUUCAAAAGUUAGUCAGCUAAAGAAAUAUUUUCUCUUUCUAGUGCUGUUAAUAAUCCCACUAUAACCAACAUUUCCCCCCCCCCCAAAAAAAAAAAAAGUCAUUCAGUUCUCACUUGGGGUUUGGUUCUUUUGUCUCCUCUGGCACUUUGUAAUGGUUACCAAGAUUCAGAAGUUACCUGGAGGCGACAGCAUUCAACCCAAACAAAAAAUGCAAAUAACAUUCUCCAUAUGAGCUUUGAAAAAAAUGGAAAUUGUACAAUUUGAUAGUGGUUUGUGACAAAAUGGGCUAACAGCCACAAAUGUUAUAUGUAGGCAGACUGACUGCUUUUCUUGUAUCACAGAAAUAUAAUGGGUCCAAUAUAUUAUCAUUAGACUGGUUUUCUAUACUGCACUAUAUUCCCUGUUGCUUACAUGAUCUGCUGUCCAUAUGAAAAAUCAAUCCAGGGCUUUUAUUAGAGAUAUUUUUAUUAGAUAGAUUUUAGCUGAACUAUGCCUGCUUAGGAUCAGAGUUGGUAAGGGGUUUUUAGAUCAUUUAAACAAAAUAAAUUCAUUCUUCACAGAGGAGUUAGAUUAAGAGAAAGGCUAUGACCUUUGACAUAGACAGUUGAGGAGUAAAUAGCAGAGCUAGGGUUGGAACCCAAAUCGUGUCCCCCAAGGCCAGCAGUUUCUACCACACUGUGCAACUUUCCUAGUUAUUUCUAUCAGUUUUUCAUGCUGAAUUAUCAGAAUAUUUAUCUCACUUCUCAACUUGCUUUUCUAUACACAUAAUGAAAAUAGGGCACCAUUCUAUUUCUUGGCACACUUUACUCUUAAGGAAUUACAAAAUAAAUUGUCUCCCUUUCACUCAUAUCAAGUUUACAAGGUGAACCAAAUCCAUUUUUAGAGUGAGUUGACUUCUGAUUUAGUGUUUUUUACUUUCCCUUCAAAUGAUUAUUUUAAAAUUUAGUAUUGACUAAAUAGUAGAGUCUUUGAGAAAAACCCACUUGAGAGUGAAACUCAAAAUGUGGGUAUACUGAGCGUAAUUAUCAAGGAGGCCCCUGGGUAGAAUUAUUUGAUAAAUGGAGGGAGGGGAUUGAAAUCCUCUUUAGAGAACAUUAUAUAAGAAGUGAAUAAGGAAUGAAUAGUAGAGGCCUUAGUAGAGACUCCAGGAAUUAAAUAGCCUAGAAAAAUCAUCAACAAACUAUCACAAUGCAUGGCUAAUGGCCAGUUUUUCAUCACAUUUGGGCUGAUCUUCUCCCUCUUGCUUACAAGAGCCACUGCUCAUGUCAAUAAUCAUCAUCAUUAAUACUCUUUCUGUCCUCUAAUUGUUGUCAUUUGUGUAUCCUGAUCUUGGGUCAUUAAGCUUGGUUUUAGUACUUAGGAACUUUAAGAUCUGAGAAUCAGAGACAUGGCAGUAACCUUUCAGGUCAUCAAAUUUAAUUCAUUUCCAGUAGAAGAGUUUCCUCUGCCACACUCCUAAUGAGUGGUUGUUCAACCUUUGCUUGAACAUCUCCAAUGGCAAGGAACCUCCUAUUUUAAGACAGCACAUUCUGUUAAUGGAACAUUUCCAUUGUAAGAAAAUUCUUCCUCAUGCUAAAAGAGUUUAUAUAAUAUAAUUUGCAUAAUAACAUUUUCAUAAUUAUUUAUAAUUGCAAAGUUGAAGCCUCAGAUGAAAUGUAGCCUUUGAUUGUUACAAUUACUCUCUGAGGUAGAUAGUAUGUUAUUAGCCUCAUUUUCCAAAUGAGGAAACUGAAGUUCAGAGAAAUUAAAUAAUUUGCCAAAGCCUACAGAAUUAACUCAUGAGAAAAUCUGAACUUGAAGGAGGGUUUGCUAACUUCAGUACAGUGGUGUUCUUUUCACUUUGCCAUUUUGGAAAGUUUGUGAACAGCCCAAAGUCCAUCAAUUACUAAAAGAUUAGGUUUCUCUAUCAAGUGUGAGCCCCACUGGUUGAGGCAUGAAAUCAAUUCCAUCUGGAUAAGAUUUCCAUUUGUAUCCAAACUUAGAGUUGUAUUUGGACUCUGAUUUUCAGUGGGCAUUUAAUUGAUGAUGGUAAUAGCUUAUUUUUUUCUAUUUUGCUUUAAAGUUUACAGAUAAUUUUCAUUAUGACACCUAUUAGCAUAAGCAUUAUUAUUGUCAUUUUUUUUGAUAAGAAAUUUGAGGCCUAAGGUUAUAAAGUUACCCCCUGUCCUCAUGGUCACCUAUGGAGUAUCUACUCCAUACAUUUCAGUUGCCAAUCACAGGGACUAAAGUAUAAAAAGAAAUAUUUCUAAGAUAAAUUUCAUUCUUUGGCAUCCAGAAAAAUAUGUAAUUGUUUCAGUGACUGGUGGGUUCGGUUUUAUUUCUGAGAAAAAAUUUUCAUCUUCCUUGACACAUCUAUGGCAUCAUGUCUCAUCUGACGUCACUGAUACCUCGCCAGUUUUCAUUGAGCCAGUUUUUUCUUUAGUGGGGAACAAAGUUCCUUCUAUGAGUCUCUAAUGGAGAGAUACCUUGUUAUAAGGUAGAGAAUGCUAAACAUAAGCGGGAAGAUAUAGGUUCAAAACCCCCCAUCAAAACAUAUUAGCAAUGUUUCUAUGGGCAAGUCACCUUCCCAUAUCUGAGACUCUUUCCUCAUUCGUAAAAUGGGAAUAAUAAUAAUAAUAACAAUAAUAACUCUAGUAUCUACCUCACAGGAUUGCUGAGAGGCUCACAUUGGAUAAGGUAUGUAGAUAGUGCUUUACAAACCUUAAAGCUAUUUAUCAGAAUUAUUUGGUAAGAUUAUCGCUAUUCACUCUUUGGUGGCAUAUCACACUGGGUCAGAAUAUUGCUUUCUCCUGCAGAAACCCAGUGAUCUCAUCAAUAAGGGCAUUCUUUUCAUUGAUGCUGUAGAUGUCUUCCUGACCUGUGCGACUUUGAUGUCUGACUUCCAUAAGCUCCAUUGGAUGUGAUCUGCCCAGUUUUACUGGGGCUUUUUUUUGCUUUCUUGCAACAUCAAAAGUAAUAGUGGAGCAAGAAGGCUAUGCAGAGGCUAGCUUUCCCAUGCUCUGCAUCUUAUUAACUGCAUUUGUAGCUCUGAAAGCAUAAUCUACAUAAAACUGGAAUUGAAACCCACAGCAAGAUUUUUGAACGUGACACUCGGUAUAAGCAUUGGGAACAAUCCCCUUGAUCAUUGAUACUACUAACAAGCACUCAUAUUCCUAUGAUCUUCAGAGUUUACAGAGUGUUUCCAUCAUAAAAGCCUUUGGAAGUUAGUCUGUGAGUAAUAUUAUCCCUCUUUCCCAUAUGAAAAAACUGAGACCUUAUGCACAUGGCCAUAAGACCAAUCAGUGUCAGGGGACGGACCUUAAACCCAGAUCUCCUUGCUCAAAGCCCAACAUUCUUUAAUAAAAUAAUGAAUUUAGAACUGGGAAAUACCAUAGAUACUAAUAUAGUGCAGCCUCCUCAUUUUAGAGAAUAGAUCUAGAAUGAUGAAGUUAGUUGCCCAAAACACAGGGCAUUCAAUGACAGAACAGGGAUUUGAACUCAGGUCCUUCAACUUUCCUAUGACAUUGCCUCUACAGCACUGCAUUGCCUCUUCCAUAGACUGACAGCACAGCAUUAAUUUCAUGUUGGUCAAUCUCUUCAUUUUCAUUUCCUUAAUCCUUUAAUUUUCUUUAAUUGCCUUGUAAGAUAAUAAUAUGGUUUAUAAUGCUGGGGUGAGAAGAAACAAACUAACUGUAAUUUAUGUCAACCCAUCUUUCAUGAAUUGGUCUUGAAUGGGGGCACAUAAUGUAAUUUCUGGUGUAUCAGAAUCACUGCAAUAAUCUACCUAACUCGAAUGAAAGUGUGAUCUCCUGGAUUUGGAAGUUUGCCCCAGUCAUACAGAUCACAGUCAUCUCAUCCUGUUGCUCCAGGAUGCCGCUUGUCCCGUGCUGCUCUUGUUUAUGUCCUCUCCAAAGUUCAACACCUUAACACAAUUUUAUCAUACUUGAGUGAUCCUUGUGCUUGGAUUCAUCCAGAAGGUGCUGUUACCCACCUGACUUGGCUUCAAUUUUGUUGCCCAAGGCAGCUGCCCUCAGGGAUGCUCUUGCCUCUGAAACGAGGGGUGAAAAAUUUGAAGUGAGAACCAAGCUGUUACAGGACAUUAUGAGGGACAUUAAACUCCAUUUCUUCCCUCCCCACCCACUAGUACCACAAAACUGAAAAAUCUAUCUCCCCACUCUAAGAAUGGGGACAAGUAUAUAUUUUCCAGAACACCUGAUUUUAGAACAGGUCAAAAUCCUGUUUGGAAACCUAGGCCCCUGGAAAAAAAGCAAUGCCUACCAAUGCACUAAUUAUCUAGAACUAAGAUAAUAUCUUUCACUGGUAUGACAGUGAAAUCACUUACUGUAUCAAAAGGAAUACUGCCCUUGGUCUACUUAAUAAUUAAGAUUUUACAUAGGAACAUAUAUGUAGGUGGGAUUUAUGUAUGUUUCUCAUUUUUUUUACUGAAUCCAUGACAAUUAAAAUGUCAAAAGAAUACAUAUAGCAUGUGUGAAAACCAAAGCUUUUGUACAUCUUAUAACUAAUUUAAGCCCUUAUGAAAAUGGACAAAACAAUGAAUUUGCUAUAAACAUUAUGAAAAAUCUACAAGGAAAGUGAGUAGACCAGCAUUAAUACAGAAUUGCUAAAAUGCUUAAACAGAGCAUGCCUCUUUUGUGUCUGAUGUACUCACGGAUUUUAUUCUAACUUUGGUUUGUGAAACCCCUUCUUCUACAGUUCCAGGAACAUUAGGUGCAAGUAUGUGCUAUAUGAUCGAAACUUUUGUUUUUUCUGUUGCUUAUUUACCGUGGAUGUAUUUUAUCCCUAUAUAGAAAUAUGCAUGAAUGAGUCAUGCAGUUGUAUAAUUAUGUAUUGCACCAGUGAUGGUUUAAAAAAGGAAAAAAAAAAGUUUGGUUUGUGUAUUUGAAAUGUAAGUACAUUUUGUGCCACUAACACUGUGAUGUAUAAAAUGAGCUGUUUGAAUGCCUUUUAAUGUUGUGUUUUGUACUUGGAAUCAUAUUGAAAAGUUUAAUUUGUAAUUUCAAUACAUAUUUUAAAUGAU